AUGGCUAUGACAAUCACCAUGGUAACGAGAGACGAAUGGGGAGCGAGGCAGCCUAAACAGACUCUUCCCCUGACUCUACCAGUCCAACAUGUCAUAUGUUCCCUUACAAGGACCCAGCCUUGCUUCUCUCUUCAGAGCUGCAAACACUUCGUCAAAAGGUUCCAGAAGUAUCAUCAGGCUGUCAAGAAGCGUCUGGACAUUCCUUAUAACUUUUUACUAGCACCUGACGGAACGGUGUUUGAGGGAAGGGGGUGGCAUAACUAUACUGAAUUUAAGUAUUGGCUGCCAAAGGGACAUACCAUCAAGGACGCUGUGCACAUAGCUCUCAUUGGAGACUACAAAGAUCAAAACAUCCCCAUUCCCAGACCUAUGCUGGAAGCUAUGAAAUACCUCAUACUGUUUGGAAUCAAGAAACACUUUAUAGAUGAAAACUACGAACUCCACAUGGUGUAGCUCGUAACAAAAGAAAAACAGGUCUUGA